AUGGUGGAGGACAUCUCGUCGCCAGCAUUUUCGCCGGACCCCGAAGUGAGGCUCUUCAAGCUGCAGCGAGGAGGCCUCACGGCGACCAUCACCAACCUUGGCGCCACUGUCACGAGCCUCACGGUUCCCGAUGCACGCGGUCAGCUGCAUGACAUAGUUCUCGGCUUUGACACCGCUCAGCCUUACCAGGACGGCACAUCGCCGUACUUCGGCUGUGUGGUUGGCCGAGUGGCCAAUCGCAUUGCAGGAGCUAAGUUCAAUCUGGACGGUCAAAUUCACCAUCUGACGGCCAACGAUGGCCCUCGCCCCAACACACUGCAUGGUGGCAAAGUGGGAUUUGACAAGCGAAUAUGGCGUGUGGUAGGCGAGGAUGAAAUCGACAAAAUAGGAUCCGCUGUAUCAUCAUCAGCAGGAGCAGCAGCAGCAGCAGCAGCAGAGGAGGAGGGAGGAGCACCAGGCAGCAGCACGGAGCUGAAUCUGGCGCUGACGAGUGGCGACGGGGAGGAGGGGUUCCCAGGGCGGGUGGAGGUGCGAGUGAGCUACAGGCUGGGAGAUGGAGAGAUGGUGGUGGUGAUGGCUGCACAAGCUGUUGACAGGGACACUCCUGUCAGUAUGGCACAUCACAUGUACUGGAAUUUGGGCGGCCAUGCCAGUGGAACAGUGCAUGACCACGUUGUGCGAGUCAACGCCUCCCACUACACGCCAAUCAAUGCCAACCACAUCCCCACAGGCGAAAUUUUGCCGGUAGCAGGUACCCCCUUUGACUUCCUCUCGCGGGAGUUCCCCAUUGGUGCACGCAUGGCUGCCGUGGCAGGCGGGUAUGAUCACAAUUACGUGCUGCACAGCACACACACGUGGAGCGGGGAACAACUGGCGGCUGGGGAGGAGGCAGGAACGGAAGGAACAGAAAAAACGGAAGGAACAGAAGGAACGGAAGGAGCAUUGGAGAGUGGGGUGACAAACGGACAUGAAGCAGCAGGGGAAGUGGUGGCAGGGCAGAAAUUGUUUCUGGCUGCCCGAGUGCGGCACCCAGAGACAGGCAUCGUUAUGACCCUGUCCACUGAUGCUCCUGCCAUGCAGUUCUACACGGGCAACUUCUUGGAUGGUUCGUUUGAAGGGCUUCCCUAA